AUCCAUCCAUCCAUCCGUCCGUCCAUCCCGGCUGCAGCCUCAUCCAUCCCUGCUGCUGGAUUCUCUCCCCAAAUCCCACUAAUUGAUCCUCCCAGCCAGCAGAUUGAUUAAUGGCCAUGAGGGGCCCUCAUUAGGGGAGCAGCUGCAGAGCCCCGCGUUCCCCCCCGGCUCCCGGGGGCCGCCCUGGCCCCACGCCCUCUUUGGGGUUUGACUCCCCCGGGCUUUGGCUUUUCCCGUUCCCUUUCCUCUGCUGCGUUCGGGAGCAGCGGUUCCACCCGCGGCUCCCUGUUCUGCCCCUCUUCACGGACACUGGGAUCAGCGAGCCGAGCCGAGCCUCCCUUCCCCCCGAUCCCCUCCCACGUUCCUGGAAGGUCCGGCCCGACCAGUUCACACCAGUUCACACCAGUUCCUUAUCGGCGCGUCCCAGCCAAACCCCCCGCGGCUGCCGGGGCUGCUCCGGGCCGGGGAAGGUGAUAAAGGCGAUAAAUGUGAUACAUGCUCCGGGGGCAGGGCGGGAUGGCCGUGCCCGGAGCCAGCCCCGCGGCCCUGGAGCGCCGUUCCCAGCGGGAAUGCCGGGGGGCAGGGAGGAGGAGAGGCAGGAGGCGCCGGGCUGGCUCGGGAGGGGAUGAAGUGGGUGGGCAGCGGGUUUGGGAGACGCUCCGAGCCGCCUGCUGGGGCCCCAACGCCGGCUGCGGUGCCAGGAGGUGACAGACGGACAAACGGACGCGCUGGGAGGUGACAGCGGCUCCCGGCCGUCCCCGCCGCUCCCCCGGCACGGCAGCAAAGCGGAUCCCGCGGCUCUCGGGCAGGAUGUUCCACCCGCCGGGCUGCAGGAGAGGCUUCCCCAGGGAGCCCGCCCCGUGGUGGGACGGACCGUGGCCGUAUCCCCCCACUGGCCCCGAGGACACCUGGGACAGGCCACCCUGGGACGGGCCACCGUGGGAGCAGCAGCCCCGGAGACGGCAGCGCAGGAGGCGCCCGCCCAGCCCCAGAGCCUUCCCUGGGGACGGCCCGUGGAAGGAAGAGGAGGACAGGAGGUGGGCACCCCCCGACUGUCCCCAGCCACCCCCGUGGGGUGACAGAGACGCCGUGCCGGGAGCUGAGGAUGACUUUGGAGAGUGCUGGUACCGGGAUCCACCACCUGACCCCUGGCCCGAGUACCCCGAGGAGGAGCAGCCCCCGCCCUGGCCCCCCGCCGACCCUCCAGGGAAUCCAAGGGCUUUCCAUCAGCACCGCCCGCCCUGGAGCCACCGCCCGGCCGGGAGGCCACGGGGCCACCUCCGCCAGCUGCUCCUGGUGCCCCGGGCGUGGUGUCCCCGACCCCCCCGAGGGCACAAGCCGCGCUCCAAGCCCUCCUCUCCCGCCCCCUCCAAGAGGAGCCAGCCGGCGGCCAGGAAGGAGCCGGAGCCUCCCCGGGACCCUGCUCCUCCCCAGGGUGCUGCAGAGAGGCCGGAGCAGCCGCAGGAUGUGCCAGUGGGGACUGGGGGGGUCCAGGAGCCCCCCAGUCCGGCCAGGAGCCCUCUGGAGAGCCCAGCUGCUGAUGCUGGUGCUGCAGAGCUGCAGGUGGAGCUGGAAGCUGGGCAGACCCCUGUGGGCAGCCAGGAUCAGGAUCCCUGUGCUCCAGCAACAGCUUCAGCCCCUCCAGAGGAGACCUCCAGGAAUCCUGAGGUCCAGGAGCACCUUGAGGUAGAGCCGUGCAGCCCCGGUGUCCCCAAGGCUGGCAGCGGGCAUGGGGCACGUCCCCAGAGCCCAGCAGCCCCUCCAGACCCUGCCAAGAGGGAGCUCCUGGAAUCCAGCUCCUCUGGAGAGGCGGGGGCUGAGCUCAGCCCGCGUUCCUGGGAGCAGCCACCCCACGGAGCAGGAGAAGCUGAGGCAGAAGCUGCCCAGGAUGGGCAUCUGCAGAGCCUUCAGCCACCCGAAAACCCUCAGCUUCCUCCAGGAUCUGCAGCGGAGCCCGAAGCCCAGCCCAGCCAGGCUUCUCCUGGUGCCUGCGCCACACCGGAGACCUCCCUGGAGCCCCCGCACCCGCCUGGGGCCGGUGACACCAAUCUGGCUGUGUCUGGCCAGCAGCAGCUCUGCUCCGAGCUGCCCACACCGCUCCCGGCCGGCAUUGACUCCCGCUCCGCCGCCGUCCUCAGAAGGAAGGCGAAGAUCGAGCUGUCGUACCAGCAGUUCAGCCUGAGCAUUGCCGUGGUGGCCACGAUGCUGCUGCAGAAGGAGCCCUCGAUGGAGGCGGCGCUGGGGCUGGCGCUCAGGGCCAACCUGCGCCAGUGCCGCCUGCACCACCUGCAGCAGCUGGAGGAGUUCAUCGACAGCCUGGACUCGGACACCUCCGGCCUCUGAUGGCAGCCACCCCCUCCUGCCAGCGGGCUGGGGGUGGCGGGGGCUGGCACGGGGCUGUGACAGCGCUUUGGGCUGCUCGGGAGGGUGCUGAGCCCGCGGGACGAGGUGGGAGAUGCUGGCAGCCCCACUCUGUCUCUUGGAGAAGGAGGGUGAGCAGGAUGUGUUUGGUUUUAGCCCUGCCCAAACCCCUGAGGGCAGCAAAAGUGUUACUGGUUUUACUGGGCAGCAGUCCCUCUCCUCCAUUCCUGAUUGCCGGGAGUGUGCCCCCAGACCCCAGCCAGCGUUUUUGGCUUUAAAUUACAAAUAAACCGUGUCCUCUUUGCA